GCUUAUGAAAGACAGAAACAAGUUGUUCCCAGAGUCAGUCAUCAGAAACAUAGUGUAUCAGAUAUUACAGGGGCUGUCAUUUAUUCAUAAACAUGGGAAAAUAAGAUGUUCUCUGAGAAUGAAAUUAGGAACGUAAUGUUCCAGGUACUCUCUGGUUUAGCAUUUGUGCAUAAGCAUGGUAAGACUCCUGCUCCAGCUGUUCUUCUGCUCGCCUCUUCACCCUGAUAACUACUCUAUAAAUUCUCUCCUGUUGCUGCUCUUCUGCUCGCCUCUUCACCCCAAUAAUUACUCUGUAAAUACGCUCCUGUUGCUGCUUUUCUGCUCGCCUCUUCACCCUGAUAACUACUCUAUAAAUUCUCUCCUGUUGCUGCUCUUCUGCUCGCCUCUUCACCCCAAUCAUUAUUCUGUAAAUACGCUCCUGUUGCUGCUCUUCUGCUUGCCUCUUCACCCUGAUAACUACUCUGUAAAUACGCUCCUGUUGCUGCUCUUCUGCUUGCCUCUUCACCCUGAUAACUACUCUGUAAAUAUGCUCCUGUUGCUGCUCUUCUGCUCGCCUCUUCACCCUGAUAAUUACUCUGUAAAUAUGAUCUUGUUGCUGCUCUUGGCAUUAUGAAUAUUGUGUGAUGGUUCUGUUUUAGCGUGCUUUAGCAGGCUGCCUUAUCUUCCCAUGACCGGCCAGGCUUUUUCCAUCGUGACAUGAAGCCCGAGAACCUGCUCUGCAUGGGCCCUGAGCUGGUGAAGAUAGCGGAUUUUGGGUUAGCGAGGGAGAUCCGCUCUCGGCCUCCGUACACAGACUACGUGUCCACGAGAUGGUACCGAGCUCCAGAGGUGUUGCUCAGGUCCCCAUCCUAUAACUCCCCCAUCGACGUGUGGGCCGUGGGCUGCAUCAUGGCCGAGCUCUACACCUUGCGGCCGCUCUUCCCCGGCAACAGCGAGGUGGAUGAGAUCUUCAAGAUCUGCCAGGUCCUUGGCACGGUGAAGAAGGGCGACUGGCCAGACGGCCAUCAGCUUGCCUCGGCGAUGAAUUUCCGAUUCCCACAGUGUGUCCCGACAAACCUGAAAACACUCAUCCCCAAUGCCAGCAGCGAGGCCAUAUCCCUGAUGAAGGACAUGCUGCAGUGGGACCCCAAGAAGAGGCCCACGGCCAUGCAGGCUCUGAAGUACCCCUAUUUCCAAGUGGGGCAGGUUCUAGGUCCACCCAGCCAAUAUCAAGACCAGCACAAGCCCCAGGUGAGGACGGUGCACGCGGCUGAGCCGAAGCCCCUGGAGGCCCCAGAGCAGCCGCAGAAGGUUCCGGGCUUGGACCAGAGUAGGCCUCGUCUCCAGCCUCUGCACCAGAUUCCCGUGCCCCAGCAAAACUCCAUCCAGGACCGGUGCCAUGGAGGCAGCGAAAGAGAGAAAAUUGUGCCACUCACCCUCGGCAGCAGCUACUCUACAGCGAAAGCAGCUCCUGCAGGUAGCGAGAACAGCGUGACAGGCAUGAAGAGCGGCCGCAGGCGGUGGGGUCAGAGCCUGCUGAAAGCAGCUGACAGCUGGGAGGACUUUGAUGAUGCUGACAUGAGCGUGUCCUACUCAAAAAAGCCCAGUAUCUCUUCAGUCAAGGAGCAAACCCGGCCCGUGGAGGUAAAACCCUUCAAUUCCUACAGUGCUGUCGUCAAGUUGCCAAGCAGCAGCACUCUGAGGCGGAUUGACUCUGAGACAUCCACCUCUUCAUCCGCCAAACAGCACUACCUAAGGCAGUCGCGGUAUCUCCCUGGAGUGAAUCCCAAGAAUACAUCAUUAGUUGGGAACAAGGAUUUGGGGGAUGAUCUCUGGGGUGGUGGGAAUGCUUUUCUCCGCAAGCCGCUGGGGCCUGUUGGAGCCGCACUGUCACUUUCCAGGGUCAAUGCAGAAGAGAGUGUAGCUAAACCCUCAAACAAACCUGCAUUAAAAGAAAAGAUUCUUGACCAAAUGGAGCAUCUUAAAGGGAAUUUUGUGACCACAAACUUUAGCCCGGUUGGCAGUUACAUCACAUCAUAUCACAAGAAGGAACCUGGAUCUGCAGGACAGCGCCUUCACCUGGAUCCUUUGGGUGGCACAUCUGCAAUUGACUUUUCUUCCACUGCUGCUCUUAGAAAUAACAAACUGAAACCAUCAAAGCUAAAAUCACCUUCCAAGAAAGCCGUGUCUGAAGAAUAUGAAGGCUGGAAAAUGAAAGCAUCCAAGUCACAGAUGCCAGGGACCAGCUUUGCUACACCAGGGAAGGGCCUGCUGUCCAGAGCUGCCCCGGUGCAGCCGGUCCAUGGAAGAAUAGACUGGGCUGCCAAAUAUGGAGGCCAUCGGUAGCACCAUGAUCCACCAGAACAUCCCACGUAUUUGGCAAAAACACGCAGGCCUCUCCAUGCAGGAAAACACGUGUGAGGUGAGGGAGACUCUGCCUUGAACUGGGCAUCCGUAAUCUGGGUGUCGCUGUUAUCCCUGUGUAGAAAAUGUCUAAGGAUGAUUACAUGCAAAAGUAUAUUACUUACUAGGCAUGAUAAUGUGGUUUUUAGAUAUUAAAAGUCUGACCCAAUAGGUUUCCCUGUCAGAUAUAAUUUGUCUUGUUCAGUUAGCAAUCUACAUUGGGAAAAAAAGUAAAAAGGAGGUUGCAAUACCACUUACUAAAUCAUUUUUGUACUGGAGAAAAAACACUUGAGUUGCUAUUUUAGAAUCCAACCAUGAAAUGACUGAUAUCUUUGCAUAGUACUGUGUUGAAUACCUGUACUGUAGCAUGAAACUAUUUUAAAGUUAUUUCAAGAUCUGUAUGAAAAACAUUUGUUUGGAUAUGCAUGCAAAACACAAGAGUGACAUCUAACCACAGAAACUUGCCCGAAGUGAGAUUUGGGUUAUUUGCUGGUCCUAGUACAGUAUUUUCUGUAAAAUGGUUUAUUUUAGAAGCCCUGUAUACUUCUUUGUUAGAAUAUAGAUUUAAUUUUGCAGUAAAGUGCUUUAAAAGCAUAAGACAUAUACAUUAGGUAACAUUUUUAUUGUCUUGUUUUAAAUGCACUGUAAUUUUACUUAUGUAUUAGUCUCAAAUAUAACAUGACCUUUCCAUAUUUGUGUUUAAGAACCAAAAUGCCAUACAUGUCUACUUGGUUUUACAUAGUAACUUUUUAACGAGGAGCAUUCCUCUUGUGCAUUCAUAAUUUUAUAAUUUUUCUUGUACAAUAAAAUUUGCAAGUUUACAAA